UAACUCCUCCCAGACCGCCCUGAAACCGAACUUUGAACAAACAAUAGAGCUACACGAACAACUGAAAGAGCCUCGAGGUAGCAAAACGCAUUACAAUUGCUGUUCAAAAUGAGACAAAGAACUCAUAAAAAGGAAGUGUCAACCUCCGCGCAGACAACAGCCCAAGUUCAGCGGAAGCACGAAAAUGAGUCCCGGUGGAUGAAAAGUUGUUUAUUUGCACUGUUUGUCAUCCUUCUUUUGGCUCCCUUCACCCUGAUCAUGUCACGAGAAUUAUUCCAACACCUUGUUUACAAGCACAGAAUCAAGGUUCCAUUCUUUGUUGACCUCAACCAACCUGUUGAUUUCUCCCUAAAUCACACCAUCAACAUGUACUUAACAUCAGAGGAAGGGAUUUCUCUUGGUGUAUGGCAUACAGUGCCUGAGAGUCACUGGAGGGAGGCGCAAGGUAAAGACUUGGCAUGGUACCAAAGCACAUUAAGUGAUGGAAAUCCAGUAUUUAUAUAUCUACAUGGGAACACAGGCACAAGGGCAGCGACUCAUCGGGUGGGAGUUGCAAAAGUAUUGAGUGCACUUGGUUACCAUGUGUUGGUGCCUGACUACAGAGGUUUUGGAGACUCAAGUGGUGAGCCAACUGAAGUUGGACUCACAACAGAUGCCCUCCAUGUGUACAACUGGGCCAAAGAACGCAGCGGAAGCAGCCUGGUCGUCUUCUGGGGACAUUCUCUUGGCACUGGAGUGUCCACGAACACUGCAGUCAAACUUGUAGAACAAGCAGGUAUUGUUUUGGACGGCGUGAUUCUCGAAGGCACCUUUAACAUGCGUAAUGAGAAACUACCAUUUCAUGUGUUUUCAUGGUAUUACUGGAAGUUUCCUGGCUGGGGAUAUUUCUUUCCAGAGCCAUGGGCUGAAAAUAAAGUUGUCUUUCCCACUGAGGAAAAUGUAAAAAAAAUGAAAAGCCCACUACUUUUCCUGCAUGCAGAAGACGAUUCAGUUGUUCUCAUCCAUUCUGCUCAGCAACUGUACAACAUAGCAGUGAGUGCUCAGAAUGCAGAGCGAGUCAAGUUUGUGACCUUUGAAGGGUCUUUAGGGUAUCUACACAAUGGAUUAUACAAAGACCCCCGUCUGCCAGACAUCAUUAAAAAGUUUGUGUUGACUUUGUGAUGUGGGAAGACGCCUUCAGUGGAUAUUCAGUGAUGGUUGAAAGUAUGAUUUGCUUUAUCUCAAGUGUAGCAUGCCAUUUAUUAUUUUGAUUGUCUUAUACAUGUGAUCAAUGCAAACACAUUUGGGUAAUUGCUCUAGGACAUGUAAUUAAGGUAAGACAAAGCUCCAGAAGGUUCCCUGGUAAUUCCUGAAAAA